AUGAUCCGGAUACGUUGGGAUCAAAUGGUCCGCAAGCAAGAUGCAAUCUCAACAUUUGUUCUGAAGCUCCGAGCUCUCAGAUCGAAGCUAAGAACUUGGAACCACACAGAAGUAGGAAAUAUCCACCUUAGAAAGCAUCUCCUGUGGGAAAAAAUUGAAUUCCUAGAUGCCCAAGAGGAAGACAAAAAUCUUCUGAUCGCGGAGCGGGAAGAAAGAGCUCGUCUGAAAAGAGAUCUUGACCUUCUACUAGAACAAGAAGAAGCACUUGGGAGGCAACUGUCACGAGUGCAAUGGCUCAAACAUGGAGAUCGGAACAUCCAAUUCUUUCAUACUUGGGCCAGCAAUAGAAGGCGUAAAAACUAUAUUUCUGAACUUAGCUAUCAGGGGACACAAAUAACAGAUCCACGGCAGAUGCAUAGCUAUUUUCGGGAUCAUUUCAUGGGAAUUUUAGGACGCUCAGAAGAACCCUGUGUUCGAACAGACUGGAAGGUGCUCUAUCCUGAAGAAUCCCUCCCAUCACGGGAUCUGGAAGCCUCAUUCACAGUGGAAGAAGUAAAAGCAGCAGUUUUCGAUCUAGCCUCACAAAAAUCUCCAAGGCCUGAUGGGUUUCAUUUGCCUUCUACAAGCAGUGUUGGGACAUUGUUGAAGCAGACUUGA